CACUUUUCAAGGAAAAAAGAGUUCCAUUAGCUCUCCUCCCUGGCCAUCAAUGCAGCCUUGUUCUGGAGUGUGGUGCAUAAGAUCUCAAUACUUGCAUCAGACAUGGACGAAGAGGCUCGCGCGACGCAACUCUCCUCUAACGGGGCUUCGAAGGAUCCAAAACGCGGUGAGAAGAGGAAGUGGGAAAACAGAGGCGGAAAGAGGCAACAACAGGGAAGUAAACGCCAUAAGGGACGAGAUAUGGGGCGUUCCGAAUACUUGUAUGUUUUCGAUGGUCUUCAAUUGCACACCAGCUCUUCUCCUGUAAGGGUUCGGUGCGCAUGUGGAAGCAUGAUUUUGCAAAGGCAUCCCUAACUCACCACGAAAGUCGGCAAAAUUUAGAUAAACGCAAGCGGAAUGAAGAAUCGCAGGAGAAACUUGCUGAGAAGCGAAACGGCGAAGAUGUUACAAAAGCAAAUCCUUUCACGCAGGAGGAGAUUGAGAGCGAGACUCGGCAGCCGAAGCGUAAGGUUGCUGUCAUGAUGGGCUACGCAGGCAGUGGCUACAAGGGGAUGCAGAUGAUGCCCAAUCAAAAGACAAUCGAGGGCGAUGUCUUCAAUGCCUUCGUCAAAGCAGGCGCCAUUUCUAAAGCCAAUGCGGACGAUCCUAAGAAAAGCUCAUUUGUGCGGUGCGCGCGGACAGACAAAGGCGUACACGCUGCUGGCAAUGUGAUCUCGCUGAAGCUGAUCAUUGAGGACCCGAAGAUUGUGGACAAGAUCAACGAGCAUCUGCCGAAGCAGAUACGGAUCUGGGGCAUCGAGCGGGUAAUUGGGAGCUUCAGCUGCUACCAGGCGUGUGACUCACGAUGGUACGAGUACCUGAUCCCGACACAUUCGUUUCUGCCACCCCACCCAAGAAGCUAUAUCGGCCAGAAGCUAGUAGAGCUUGCGGAAGAAGCCGGGGACUUGGAGGGAUAUAGGAGCAGACAGAAAGAGACGGAGGGAUUUUGGGAAAAGGUAGAAGAAGAGCGCAUAAAGCCCAUUUUGGAUGGUCUUGAACCAGCGCUGAGAGAAAAGAUCGAGCAGGCAUUAUACCACGUGAGUACGGAUGAAGCUGAGCUGCAGGAUGAAGAGGAGGAGGCGGAGGAGUUCGUCGAUGAAGGUGAACCUAGGGACGGUAAGCUGUCAGACGAGACCACUGCCGCCGAGGAGUCUGUGAACGAGAGUGCCUCAAAAGCAGGAAACGACGAUGCUUCUCUACCAAACGCCAUAAAUUCAGUCAACGAGACUUCAUCCACUUCCGCAGCUCCAGAUGAGCUUGCCUUCCGAGUAGCGAUAAAACAGCUGAAAGAAGCAUAUCUCCUCGCCAAGCGGCAAUGGCGCAUCCCCGAGGAACGACUCAAACGCGUCCAGGAAACCUUCGCGCUUUACAAAGGCACCCACAACUUCCACAACUACACGAUUAGAAAAUCGCCGCGUGACCCUUCGGCUAAACGGCACAUCCUAUCGUUCAACGUGAACACGACGCCGAUCCUCAUCGGUGACACGGAGUGGCUGUCUCUCAAGGUGCACGGUCAAUCGUUCAUGAUGCACCAGAUCAGGAAGAUGGUGGGCAUGGCUACGCUUGUCGUGCGCUGUGGCGCCGUGGCGGAGAAAGUCAUGGCCGACAGCUUCACGGAGAAACUGUAUAGUAUACCAAAGGCACCGGCCCUAGGCCUGCUGCUGGAGCGGCCAGUUUUCGACAACUAUAACGCCAAGGCAACGGGGAAGUUCGACAGGGGAGAAGUUAGUUUCACGAAGUACGAGAAGGAGAUGGAGGAAUUCAAGCGGAGAGAGAUUUACGAACGAAUCUUCGGCGAGGAAGAAAGGGAGAAUGUUUUCCACUCAUUCUUCUCACACGUGGACAACUUCCGGGUGCCCAUCUUCUUGUACUUGAGCUCGAAAGGUCUGGAAGCCUGCGGUGAUGCUAGGGACGCGUCCACAAGGAAGAGUCUUUCACGUAGCCAGAGAUCUGGGUCUCAGAGGAAACGUGGUCGUGACUCGGACGCGACGCAGGAAAACAUCAAUGGCGAUGAGUCGACGGAGCCGCCGAAGUUGUCAGAGCCAGAAGAGUCGACAGAGUCGACGGAGCCGCGGGAGGCUCAAAAAGCUACGGCGUAGAUAGUUCUGAGAAUUUGAUACCCCAUACUUGAAAGUCAAA